ACAAGUGUAAUAGUCGGAGGUUACGAGGAUAGAAGAGAAUCGUAUGUCAUGAUGACACUGUCACGACUUUUACUGUCGACGACGAUAUCGAUAAUCUUCUUAUUUCUUCUAAACAAUCCAAGGUUUUGUAAUGCGCAAUUCGAAGGAGAUGCAUGCAAGGUCGCUGAUGUGCCAGGUACUUGUUUGCGUCUUCAAAACUGCUCAUCGGUUUAUGAAGAAUUAUUGAAGGGAAAUGCUCCACAGAGCAUGUGUGGAUAUUUUAGUUUUGAACCUAUCGUAUGCUGUCCACGUGAGAACGAGGUACCUACGACUACUACCACAACUACAACUACGACUACAACUACACCUGCACCAACACCUUCUAAAAAUGAAAGACCUUUUAUUGAUGAUGGCAGAGGAGCUAAAGCAAGAGCAAAAUGUGAAGAAUAUGCCAGAUCUGUAUACGUAACUGAAAUUCCACCAACUUUAUCGGUUAACAAAGCGCCUGUAAACAUAUCUUUGUGUGCAAUCAAAACUCGCAAACUUGUCGUUGGUGGUAAAAAGGCUGAACCAAAGGAAUUUCCGCAUAUGGCUGCGGUUGGAUACAACAUUAACGAUGGCAGUAUUUCUUGGCUAUGCGGUGGUACAUUAAUUUCAGAAAGAUUCGUCGUAACCGCUGCUCACUGUACCUACAAUAUAAACACGGGUACCGCAAAUUGGGUACGAUUAGGUGAUUUGAGUCUCAACAGAGUAGAUGAUGACGCAAAGCCAGAAGAUUACAAAGUGAUCCAAAGAAUAAGACAUCCCAGAUAUAAACAACCAUCCGAAUACCAUGAUAUUGCGCUUCUUAAAUUAGAAAGAGACGUGAAAUUUAACGCAUGGAUAAGACCUAGCUGUUUACCAUAUUCUCUACCGGAUACGGGUACUGAUGGUAAAGCAACUGCAACCGGAUGGGGAAGAGUCGACUGGGCUGGGGACCAAUCGGACGAUUUACUCAAAGUCACAAUUAAUUUGGUGCCCCAAAACGAAUGCAACAGGACAUUUACUCAAGGUUCGGUAGAUUACAAACUAAGAUUCGGUAUAGUGGAGAAUUGGCAAAUUUGUGCUGGUGAAUUUGGAAAAGACACCUGUCAGGGUGAUAGCGGAGGACCUCUUGUAAUCUUAAAUGAACAGUACAACUGCAUGUAUAGUUUAAUCGGUGUAACGAGUUUAGGAAAACUGUGUGGUAGCAUUAUUCCCGGUGUAUAUACUCGCGUUUACAACUAUGUUACAUGGAUAGAACGUGAAGUUUGUCACUUCGUUGAGGAUAACGUGUCACGAACUAUCGAUAAAUACGUUUCGGAUAAAAACUCGAACUCGUUCGAUAAUUUCUCCCAAUCUACUUCAUAUAAAAAUACUACAUUACGAAUACGGAUACCGAAACUUUGUCUAACAAUGGGACUGUCACGAUCAUGGUUGAUAAUAAUAAUAAUGUUAUUUAUGUUACAUUUUUUACAGAAUUCUGCUACACUCUGUAAUAAACAAUACGAAGGAGACACAUGUACCCGAGAUGGUAAACAAGGAAUUUGCACACGUUUGGCGCAAUGCCCAUCAAUUUAUAAGAAUAUGUUAAUAAGACAAUUUCCACAUUGUGCGUGCGGAUACAUACAUUUUGAACCUGUUGUAUGCUGUCAAAAAGAAAGCAAAUCAACAUUAAGAAACUCUAGCGUAUACAAUCCAUAUCGCAUUAACCACGGUGCUAAAGCAAAAGCAAAGUGUCAAGAAUACGGAUCGAUGCCACUCCAACCAAUCAAUACGUCAACAAGUAACAUAACUAUUACGAAUAACGGUACUUGGCCUAUUUUACUACGCAAAUUGAUCACCAAUGGUGUGAAGACGAUGGACAAGGAAUUUAAAUUUAUGGCUGCAAUUGGAUACGGUUCAAUCAAAAAUGACAUUUCUUGGCAAUGCGGUGGCACUCUAAUUUCAGAGAGAUUUGUUGUAACAGCAGCGCAUUGCAUUUAUAAUGUAAACUGGGGCAGUGCAACUUGGGUACGCUUAGGUACGAACAAGCUUUCGGAUUCAAAUAACAAUAAGAAUGCAAAAACUUAUCGGAUUAUUGAAAGAAUCAGGCAUCCACAAUACAAACAACCGUCUUACUAUCACGAUAUCGCGCUUCUUAAAUUAGAAGUAGACGUGGAAUUCACUUUGUGGAUAAGCCCCUGUUGUUUGCCGUAUUCUUUACUAGAUGUCGGUAGCAACGGUAGGGCAACUGCUAUGGGAUGGGGACAUACUGAGUGGGCCGGAGAGGGUUCGAAUGAAUUGUUAAAAAUCACAAUUGAUUUAAUAUCUCAUUCGGAAUGUAACAAGGUAUAUAGUAGUAGUGGAAAGGAUGAUAAAUUGGAAUUUGGAGUCGUGGAUAAUUGGCAGAUCUGUGCCGGUGGGGAUGGGAAAGAUACGUGUCAGGGCGACAGUGGUGGACCUUUGGUGACUCCUAAUAAGGAUUAUAAUUCCAAGUAUACUUUAAUCGGUGUAACAAGUUUAGGAAAAUUUUGUGGUAGUAUUAUCCCUAGUAUAUAUACUAAUGUGUACAAUUAUAUUUCAUGGAUAGAAAAUAUAGUUUGGCCAGAUCCGUGA